AUCGAUCGCAUCCUGGACGUGUUCGAGCCCGGUCAGCUCGCACUCUCCUUCAAUGGCGGGAAGGACUCGACAGUGCUGAUGCACCUGAUCAAAGAAGCGUGCGACCUUCACCCCACCCACAGCUUCACCCACAUCCAACCCAUCUGGUUUCAGAACCCUGACAAUGAGUUCCCUGAGAUGCAGCAGUACGUCCGACAAGUUGCCGACGAGCACUUCACGUACGAUGAGGGUCUCAAGACGGUCGCAGACGAGAAGCUCAACAGGCUAUGGACUAUGCACAUCACCAACCCCAGAGACUUCAUCGACGCGCUCGUCUACCUCUCGUCCUCCACCGGCCUGCGCUCGACGAUCAAGGAGCCUUCACUGAUGCGGUUCAGCCCCAUCCUUGAGUGGUCCUACCGAGAUAUCUGGGACUUCAUCCAGGCGUUGGAGCUCCCGUACUGCAGCUUGUACGAUGAAGGUUACACCUCCAUCGGGUCCGUCAUUGACACGGUCAGAAAUCCUGCGCUCCUCCGACAGAACAUGGAGCCGCUGCUGACCAAGUACUUUCCAGCUUGGAGCCUCAUGGACGAGAGCAAGGAGAACGGCUCUAGGAUCAAGGCUCUCACCCAGAGCGCGAUUGGGCCCGACGGCCAGCGGUCCAACACAGCAGGAGACACAGCAGCGGUGCUGAUCAUCGGAGAUGAGAUUGUGUCCGGUCUGAUCGAAGAGGACUACUCUCACAUCCUUGGAGGAGCCCUGCAGAACGUGGGCAUUGCGCUGAAGCAGGUGAUGAAGAUCGAGAAUGACGUCGACGUCAUCGCGUUCAUGGUAAGGAGGAUGAGUCCAGUACACAAGUACCUCUUCAUCGCCGGAGGAACCGGCGCUGGGCAUGAGGAUGUCACGCUGACGGCUGUGGCGAAAGCGUUCGGG